AUGACGCAGUCACAAGCCACUCCGAUCAACGUCGUCCAAGACAUGGCGCGCGCCUACCCGCGCGACGUCAAACGCCCCAAAUUGCGUGUUGCCAUCGUGACGGAAAACUUUCUCCCCAAAGUCGACGGUGUCACACGUACGCUCGCUCGUCUGCUCGAGCACCUCAACAACGAAGGUCACGAAGCCAUGGUUCUGGGUCCCGAGACCGGUAUCCGUCAAUACGCCGGUCACCCCGUUGUUGGCACAUUUGGUGUACCGCUGAUCAUCUAUCCGGGCCUCAAGCUCAACUUUAUGCGUCCCAGGUUCGUCCGUCGGCUGCAGCAGUUCAAGCCGGACGUGAUCCACUUUGUCGAUCCGAUCUGGUUGGGCGCUCAGAUGCUGCCAGCCGUGCAAAAGUGGCUUCCAGAAGUGCCGUGCGUGUCGUCGUACCACACCAACCUGCCUACCUAUGCUACAUUGUUCGGUAUGCCGUGGCUCGAAAACACCAUGUGGAACCUCACGCGAAAUUUGCACGACCGAUGCGAGAUCAUCUUCUGCCCCUCGGAGAGCACGCGUCGCAUGCUCAAGGACAAGGGAUUCAGCAACGUCGAGAUCUGGUCUCGCGGUGUCGACACCGAGCUGUUCAACCCUCAGGCAAGGGAUGAGAAUCUGAGGGAGAGCUGGGGCUGCACGCCUAAACCGGCGAAUUUGCGUCUGCCACUCUCGCCUUCGGUUGCUGCUGCGGAUGCGGCUGCCAAGUUUGGCUCGGAACACGCCGCUCUGUCGCACCUUGCCGGCAAGCUGGGGGUGGCAAUUGUUGAAGCCAACACCAAGCGGAACAGUGUCUCUUUAACCCAAGAUGACAGCUUUAUCCGCACACCGCCUACCGUGGCCACUUCUCCUGAAUUCUCCUUCUCCCCUCCUCCCGCCUACGACAGUCUGAGCGGCGUACCCGAUCUCGCCUCUUCGAGCUUCCUUCUUCCACCACCUGCCUUGGCUUCCAGCAGCGCCGCUUCGAUCCCGACCAGCCUGCGUGUGGAACGCGAGCUGCGCGACUCAAAGACGGUCGUGCUGUACGUCGGCCGCAUCUCGUGGGAGAAGAACCUGCGUCUGCUGAUCGAAGCAUUCAAGCUGCUGCCCUCCUCGGUUCGCAGCAAAGCCAAGCUCGUAUUCGUCGGUGACGGACCGGCGCGCUCCGAUCUGACGCGGCUGUGCAACAAGCUCGAACUGGAUGCCUCGUUCAUGGGUCAUCAGAAGGGAUCGAGGUUGGCAGCAAUGUACGCUUCAGCAAGCAUUUUUGCUUUCCCUUCGUUCACAGAGACGUUUGGACAGGUGGUCUUGGAGGCGUUGGCGAGCGGAUUGCCUGUCGUCGGAUUGCAUGCCGAGGGUACGUCGGACUUGGUGUCUCACGGAAAGACUGGGUUCUUGUUGGACGUGAAUGCGGUGAAAAAGAGCAGCACUAUGGGAGCGCCCAACGAGUCUCGAUCAGCGACACCUGGUGCGAGAGGAUCGAGCAUGUGCGAUAAGGCAGCUCAGACAAUGGCGAUCAACGACUUGGCUGCUGCUGCGCAGAACGCCGUGGGUAAGCUUGGUCGUGUUGCUGGACCAGCGUCGAAACCGUCUUGGUCGUCUAGGUCGACGGAAUGCGUCGGUCUACCUACUCGCAUCCCAUCUACGCUCGACUUUAAAUGUGCCAUGACGCCCAAUACGGCAUGGUUUCACCAAUGUGCCAAGACCUACUCGAUGCUUCUUGAGCGGCUUAUUCUGGAUCGUCAAGCACGCGCGCUCAUGGGUCAGCGAGCCGUCCUGUACGCCUCGGGAAAAACGUGGUGGGACGCCAUGGACGCGCCUGUGCGCGGCUACGAACACGUCAUCCUGCAAUCUGGUUCGUCCAACCUCUCGGACGACGAACUGGAAGCUUGGCGAACUCGUCAGAGGAUCCACGCGCCUCUUACAGGCCCUAGGAUCAAACUCGCCGUCAUCCUCUACGUCGUCCUUUUUGCUUGUCUCGUUUCGCUCCGAUUCGUCUCGCCCUGA